AUGGCGAGGGAUAAGUCCCCACUUGAUGUACUUUAUUCAUUGCACAGUGAGGUAUGGGGAUAUAGAGAGUUGAGACAAUGUCAGAAAUCUUUCAUCUGUAAUUGUGCUGUAAGGCUUUGGGAGAAAAAGGAAAAGGGUAGGAAAAGAAAUACAAAGGCAAUGCUUAAAAAGCCGGAUGAAGGUCACACUGCUACUACAAAUAAUGAUUCUAAAGAAACUAAAAUGUCUGGUUCGACUAGCCAGCUUAUUCCAAAUUCAUCUGGGUGGAAUCUUUGGUCAGAGAUAUAUGCAGUACAACUUCCAUUGCAGAAACUAAAACUUGGUGGAUUUUGGCUAUACAUAGUGCGGAACUUGGCUGGAAAAAGUGAACCUCCACCUCCAAUUUUAAGUCCUCCUUCUGUCAGUGUCAGCACCAAUAAAACUGUUGAAGCACCUAAGUCAAAUGGGACCGUUUCAACACCUUCAUUAGCUAUCACCAGACCGCUAUCUUCUUCAGGGAGAAUUGAAUCAUUCCUUGAUAAAGCUGCAGAUGAAGGUUUGGUGAUUCUUCAGUCUCCAAAGGUAGGUUUCUUCAUGAGAUCACGAACCAUUAAGGUGAAGCAUGCUCCACCAUCGUGUAAAGAGAAGCAAAUAGUAAAGGAAGGCAAGGUGCUUUGCUACAUCGAACAACUAGGCUGUGAAAUUCCGAUUGCGUCUGAUGUAUCCGGGGAGGUCAUAAAAAUUCUACGAGAGGAUGGUGAUUCUAUUGGAUAUGGUGAUGCUUUUAUUGCAAUUCUCCCUUCCUUUCCUGGGAUAAAGAAGCUACAGUAGAUGAUUUCGGUAAUUUGCUUGUUAUCCAUUGGUCUAUCGCCGAUAUAAGGUUUAUGUGCUUUAUCAUCUUUGAAAGAAUGAAUACACCUGCCUCUAGCAUUUCAGUACAUAAGGAUUCUGUGAAAGUAAUUGUUGCUGAUAAAAAUAUUUGUAGUCUUGGAAUUGAAUUUUUCUUGUUAGUAAUUGAAAUGUGGAACCUUUGAACAUCAUCGGGAAUCUACCAUUGAACUUCUUACCUUUUUCAUUCA